AAGCGUAAGCGACGCAUUUCCAAAGUUCCUUUCAAGGUCCUCGAUGCUCCAGCUCUCAAGGAUGAUUACUACCUCAAUCUCGUCGACUGGUCUUCGCAAAAUGUUUUGGCGGUUGCUCUCGGGUCAUGCGUAUACCUGUGGAGUGCUUGCAAUUCAAAAGUGACCAAAUUGUGCGAUCUGUCAUUGUCCAAUUCUUCUUCCUCAGCAUCGGAAGAUUCUGUUACGUCGGUUUCUUGGGCACAGCGAGGUACGCAUUUGGCCGUUGGGACUAAUCGCGGAGACGUAGAGCUGUGGGAUACAACAAAGGGCAAGCGCAUACGCUCCAUGCCCGGUCAUACGGCACGCGUCGGAACUUUGGCCUGGCACGGUCCGACGUUAGCGAGCGGCAGUCGCGAUCGUCUUAUUUUCUUGCGUGACGUGCGCGUACAAUCGGCCUACACAGACCAGUUGGAUUUUCACAAACAAGAAGUCUGCGGUCUUAAAUGGUCCUUUGACGAUCCAGGUUUGCUUGCAUCGGGCGGCAACGACAACGACUUGCACGUGAUCGAUAGCCGUAAUCCAUCGUCUCCCGUCCACAAGUUUUCCGAACACCGUGCUGCGGUCAAGGCUAUUGCCUGGUCGCCGCAUCAGCACGGGCUUUUGGCUAGCGGAGGAGGGACAUCCGAUCGCUGCAUUCGCUUUUGGAAUACGCAAAGUGGUGUCGCUCUCCACAAAAUCGAUACCGGUAGCCAAGUUUGCAACAUUGCGUGGUCUCGUAAUUGCAACGAGAUUGUGAGCACGCAUGGAUAUUCGCUGAACCAGAUCAUCGUUUGGAGGUAUCCUAGUAUGAGCAAGGUCGCAACGUUGACGGGACAUUCUUAUAGAGUUUUGUAUUUGGCUAUGUCACCCGACGGAUCUACGGUAGUCACUGGCGCAGGUGAUGAGACUCUACGCUUCUGGCAAAUCUUCCCUGGUCCGCAAUCUGACAACAAGGACAAU